ACCCAUAUAUCAUAUAUGCUUUAACAGGCAACAACAUCUGCAGCUGAAUUCAAGCCAAACCCCAUAUGUGUAAUUCAAAAUGCUUUAAUUUUAGAAACCAGGGGAAAGAAGAGGAAGAUCAAGAAGAAUCCAAGGCAAAAACAGGGCACUCCCAGAAAUGCUGCAAUGGAACAACUGAACAUCGAGGCUAAAGAUGUCAUCAGUUGUUUCCCUGACGACAUCCUUUUCCAUAUCAUUAGCUUCCUCCCUUUUGAAUCUGCUGUCCACACCACUUUCCUCUCGAGACGAUGGAAAGGCCUGUGGAGAAAGAUUCUGGUACUUGAAAGAGACAUGGAAGGCGCUGUUGUUACUGCAUUCAAUCUUCUUUAUGAUUUCGAUGAACACAAUCGACCAAAAAACAACUGGGGAUUGCAAUUCAACCUUGGCCAAGGUGCACUUCUCUUCGUUUCCAUCACACCUGAUAGAACACUCCAUCUUGAUUUCUCAGCCGGUGAACGAGAAUUCCCAGCUUCUUUUGAUUGGUAUUUGCCGUUGAGUCUUCCAUGGCGUUGCGAGUGGUCACCGCCCUAUAACCAAGACGACAAGAUAAUGGAGUUAAACCCCCCAUUGUCUUUUGCUCAACAGUUCAGAAUAAAAACCCUUUAUCUAAUAUCGGUCAGCCAGCUCUCAAGCAAAGCGCUCACUUGCUUGGCGUCCAAUCUUCCCUUUCUCGAGAGCUUGAUAAUCGAAAGGUGUAAAGGAGUUCAAUCUUUAGUUGUAGAAGAUGCUGGCGUUCUUCAAAAGCUAAUUGUCCUGGACUGUCCCCAAUUACAAUCUCUGAGUUUUCAGGGUCCCCGUUUACGGUGUUUCCGGUACAGAGGUGAGUUAGUGUCCUUUCGGUUCAAAGCAUGCUGCAGAUGCUAUUACGCCGACGUAUAUUCGACGUGUGACUGUGGAUUAUACCUGGAAGAUGCCAUGGUUGAUCUCAGACAAGGUCCUCUAACUAAAUGGACUUGGGACUUCGAACCAACCGUUGGUCCUCAUCGCGGUUCACACGGAAACGACCGUUGCAACUGCAACAGCAAGCAUAGAUGCUUCGAAUCGAUUUUGAGUAGCAUAAAUGGUGUUAAGUCUAUAACACUAUGCAGGUGGUUCUUUGAGCAAACGAUGUGCAAGAGUUUAUUUAGUUCAAGUGGGGGCCCUGAAUUGUAUUUCAGCCGACUAAAAGAGCUGUGGUGGAUUGAUUGUUCAAUGGCCAGACACAAUAUCAAUGCUUUGCUUUGCUUUCUGAAGCUUUGUCCCAAUUUGGAAAGACUUUAUGUCACUAUUGAUCCUAAAUGCUAUGAGCUGAGUAGCAGUAGCAGUGAAAAAAUGGCAGCCAUAGUCAGUUGUCCUGCAAAUCUCAAAAGUCUUAAGGUAGUGAAACUAGAAGGAUUUGCAGAUGAAGAGAUGGAGAAUUUAUUGUCAAGGCAAUUGAUAGCACUAUUCGGAGAGAAUAAUCCAAUAAUCAUAUCCAAAGCAGAUGGGAAAUGUUUGAAGCAUCUGGUAAAAGUAGCCAAGUUGGAGAAGAAAGGCAAGUAUCCGUACAAGUUCAGAAUGGUUGAAAAUGUUGAUGAAAGCUUCCCACAUCAUCUUCAUAUGAACCUUUAAUUCAAACAAUUUAUAUAUCAUUCAAGUUUUCCCCUGGGAAAACUGUCAUGCUAGGGGUACCUCCUUCCACUGGUAAUUUCUUAAAUGAUAUGGGGAUGUGCUAAUCAAUACUAUUCUUCUAUUUUUAAAUAUU